AAAGAGUCACCAGCUAUGCUCCCCAUUACAAAUAAAAUAGCACAAGUUAGUAAAUGGAUAGCAGAGAACAAUUGUGUGAAAGUGGACACCGAAGACUGGUCAGGAAACUAUGACUACAGGAACAGGUCGGGUAAUAGUACCCCACCUCCUGCUGCCCCAUCAAGAUCAGGCUACAUCUCCCGCUCAAGUGACCGCGGGCCUCCUCCUGCUGCCCCAUCAAGAUCAGGCCACAGCUCCCGCUCAAGUGACUGUGGGCCUCCUCCUGCUGCCCCAUCAAGAUCAGGCAACAGCUCCCGCUCAAGUGACUGUGGGCCUCCUCCUGCUGUGCCAUCAAAAUCAGGCCACAGCUCCCGCUUAAGUGACUGUGGGCCACCUCCUGCUGCCCCAUCAAGAUCAGGCUACAGCCCCUGCUCAAGUGACUGCGGGCCUCCUCCUGCUGUCCCAUCAAGAUCAGGCUACAGCUCCCGCUCAAGUGACUGUGGACCUCCUCCUGCCCCUUCAAGAUCUGGGCAAAGCAUCUACUUAAGAUAUAGCGGGCCUCAUCCUGUUCCAUCAGGAUCCGGGCACAGAACCAGCUCAAGUUAUAGUGCGCCUCAGUCCAGUUGUAACACUGCAGCAUAUCCUACUGAUGUCCCUCAUCACCACUUUAUACAGUUGGGACAUUACAUCAUGGACAAAUUUCAACAACAGAAAUUAUGCGAUAUGGCCUUUAAAAUAGGCCACAAAAUAAUUCCAGUCCACAAACUUGUGCUGGGUUCGCAAAGCCCCUUUUUUAACAAUCUGUUCGAAGAGGAGGUCUUUUUGCAAGAGGCUGUCACGCCUAAAAUUAUCCGUGUAUCAGGCGUGUCAGAGGAAUCAUUGACAAUGUUUCUGGAGUUUCUAUACUCCGGUACUAUCAACUUAAAAACAACCGUCUUAGCCGACCUUUUGAAAUUGGCACGUGUUUUUAAUUUGCCAAAAGUCAAAUGCCUUUGCCUUAAUCAUCUAAAAGAGGCACGCAGUGAGCAGUUGCUCGAAAUUCUUCCAAUAAUGAGAGCCAUGGAAGAGGUAGAGUACUGCGAUCUUAUCAUGAGACGAAUUGGGAAAAAUUUCAUCAAUGUUAAAGAAUUGCCCUCUUUUUUCGAGUUGGACGUAGAUACUUUGUGUCUUAUCCUAUCACAAGACACAUUGUCCACGGAUUCCGAGUUUGACAUUUUUUGUUCCGCCAUAUCAUGGAUCAACCAUCACAACUUCGAAUAUCGAAUGCAAUAUUUAGAAAAGAUAAUGUCUCAUAUUAGAUUUCCUCUGAUGUCUAGAAAGGAACUUUUCUGCUGUUUUAAAUUAUGUCCUGCAUUAAAAAAUGUCUCCAAAGUUGUGGAGAUGAUUGCAAUGGCCAAUUGGAUUCAGACCUCCUAUUCCUUAAAUGAAGUUGAUCCACUGGAUAACCUAGUACCCAGGGAAAGGAACAACCUACACAGCAGUCAGAGUGUCAGCAGCUACAUGAAAACCAACUGCAGUACUGACGUUGUAAAUGAGCCAGUUAAGGUUGAGGUGAGCCAGAUGCCCCCCAAUUUGGUACAGGACUUCAACUCUCACGCCAGGAUACAGAGUGCCAGCUUCACAUCAACACACUCGGAGGAUCGUGGCUUAUAUGUCACAGUGGAACAGCAUGGCACCUCAAAAAGUAAAACUUUUACACGCAGGAAAGUGAAAGAUAUUAAGAAAGAAAACAACAGGAGAACUGGUAGAAAGAUCCCUCAAGACUCUCCCUUAUGAAAACUGUCUUCUCUGAAUUUUUGAUUCGUUAAUUGUUAUAAAUUGUAUAUUCUCAGUUAUUGUUAAAAUUUAUUUUAUUUGUAUUUUGUUUUCUUCGGUGUUUAUUUUUUUUACUAUCAUAUUUUUUUCAUGUUUCUUUA